AUGGCAAAAAAGAAAGCAUUCAUUCCCCUUCGAUAUCUUACACCUAUAGUCUUUUUGCCCUGGUGCAUAUCUUUCACAUUUCAAAAAAGUCUGGAAUCUUGGGUUACUAAUUGGUGGAAUACUAAGCAACCUGAAAUUUUCUUGAAUAUCAUUCAAGAAAAGAUUAUUCUAAAAAAAUUCAUAGAAUUCAAGGAACUAUUCCUCUUGGAUGAAAUGCUAAAGGAAUACCCGGAACUACGUUCACAAAAUCUUCGUACCGAAAUAUACAAAGAAACCAUCCAAUUGAUCACGACGCACAACGAGGAUCGUAUCCAUGCGAUUUUGCAUUUCUCGACAAACAUACUUUGUUUUGUUAUUCUAAGUGGUUAUUCCAGUCUGGGUAAUCAAGAACUUCUUAUUAUUAACUCAUGGGUUCGAGAAUUCCUAUAUAACUUAAGUGACACAAUAAAAGCUUUUUCCAUUCUUUUAUUAACAGAUUUAUGUAUAGGAUUCCAUUCGACCCAUGGUUGGGAACUAAUGAUUGGUUCUCUCUAUAAAGAUUUUGGAUUUGCUCAGAAUGAUCAAAUUAUAUCUGGUCUUGUUUCCACAUUUCCAGUCAUUUUAGAUACUAUUAUAAAAUAUUGGAUUUUCCGUUAUUUAAAUCGCGUAUCUCCAUCACUUGUCGUGAUUUAUCAUUCAAUGAAUGAUUGA